AUGGAGUCCCGCUCCAGGUUGGCUGUUUUCCCCCUCAAGCCCAGUUUUCCAGGUGAUCUGCCGGGAGGAACCAUGGCGCCCUGGAGGUGCUGUUUUCUCAUCCUCAGCGUCGUUUUUGCGCCCGUCUCUGGCGCACAGCUGUCAGACCUGAAGUUUGAAAAGAGUCCCAGCACCGUCGUCUCCUCCCUGGGCAAACCGGUCAGGAUGCACUGCGAGCUGAAGGGGACCGGAGACGAGAACGCCGUCCCGCCCGAUCUGGUCUGGCUCAAAGACGGCGCUCCUCUGCAGUUCGAAGACACGGACCAGUCCCAGACGAUCACCGACAACACCUGGACAGUCACAAGCACACUCAAAAUUGACAAGGUCCAGCUGUCGGACAUGGGACCGUACAGGUGCGCCGUCGAGUCCGAGGGCAACCAGACUCUGUCCGGCGUCGGGCACAUCCAGCUGGAAGGCCUUCCUCAUUUCUCUGUGGAGCCUCAGCCCAUGUCCGUAGUGGCCAGUGAGGCCUUGAGUCUGAGGUGUAUGGCUCACGGACCUCCAGAUCCGGUCAAGGUCAUCUGGCUGCGCGACGGAGCUGAAAUGAACUCCCUGAAUGACCCGGUGGCGCUGUCGCCUUCCACACUCAACCUCACAGGUCUGGACAGAACCAGCACUUUCUCCUGUGAAGCUUACAACCGGAAGGGCGUGUCGACCUCCCGGUCUGGAACCAUCACCGUUUUGCCAUCCCAACCUCAUAAUGUGAGCGCUGUGGAGAUCAAUCAGACCGCCGUUCGUUUGUCCUGGCAGCCUGGUUUUGGAGGAAUCUACCCGAUAAUACGCUGCUCUGUUCAGGCCAAGCAGUCGGGAGAUUCCUUCCCGGCAGACUCGGAUAAGACGAUCCACACCCAGAAAGUGAACGUCCCGCCAGCCACGCAUGUCGUCCAGGGCCUGGAGCCGCACACGCUCUACGCCGUCAGGGUGGCCUGCGACAGCAGCCAGGGCCCGUCUGACUGGUCGCCCUGGGUGGAGUUUCGCACACGAGAAGGAGUGCCAGACAGCCCACCGGCCAACGUGACCGCCAAGCCAAACGGGACCGAGGUGCUGGUGUCGUGGGAAGGGCCUCCGGGGAAGCUGAACGGGGAGCUGCUGGGGUACCGAGUGGAGUACAGCACACCCUACAUGCGGCAGUUUAAUGCGGACGCUGGAUUGGACACUGAGUUCUCCAUCAAUCUGUCCACCCCGCUGUCCAACGUGUCUUUUAGGGUCUGCGCCUACACAGGGGCCGGUCAUGGACCCUGGAGCCCCGAACGGAUCCUGGUCCUCAAUUCUCCUGAAACGGGAAAAUUCAGAGGUUUGUCAGAUCCGGCAACGUUUUCCUGGCACUGGUGGUAUGUGGUGAUGGCCGUCACCGGCGCCGUGGCCCUCGCCAUUCUCCUGGCUGUUUACGUGGCCAAGCUGCGGCGCAAAGAGACGCGCUUCGGGGAGGCGUUCGAGCCCAUGAUGGAGCGCGGGCAGCUGGUGGUGAGGUACCGCGCGCGCCGCAGCUACAGCCGCAGGCCGCUGGAGGCGACACUGAACAGCCUGGGCAUCAGCGACGAGCUGAAGCAGAAGCUCCAAGACGUGAUGGUGGACAGACACAGACUCACUCUGGGGAAAACGCUGGGAGAAGGGGAGUUUGGCUCUGUGAUGGAGGGCCUGCUGAAUCAGGAAGAAGCUGUUCUCAAGGUGGCUGUGAAGACGAUGAAAAUUGCAAUCUGCACGCGCUCAGAGAUGGAAGACUUUCUGCGUGAAGCCGCCUGCAUGAAGGAGUUCGACCAUCCCAACGUCAUGAGGCUCCUGGGUGUGUGUCUGCAGACGGUGGAGAGCGAAGGUUACCCGUCGCCUGUGGUCAUCCUGCCGUACAUGAAGCACGGCGACCUGCACAGCUAUCUGCUGUACUCCCGGCUGGGCGACUGCCCUGUGUACCUGCCGUCUCAGAUGCUGGUUAAGUUCAUGGCCGACAUCGCCCGAGGGAUGGAGUACCUCAGCAGCAAGAACUUCAUCCACAGAGACCUGGCUGCGCGCAACUGCAUGCUGAAUGAGAACAUGAACGUUUGCGUGGCCGACUUCGGCCUCUCCAAGAAGAUCUACAACGGCGACUACUACCGACAGGGCCGCAUCUCCAAGAUGCCCGUCAAAUGGAUCGCCAUCGAAAGCUUAGCAGACCGCGUCUACACAACAAAGAGUGACGUGUGGUCGUUCGGAGUCACCAUGUGGGAAAUCGCCACUCGAGGACAAACGCCUUACCCCGGGGUGGAAAACAGUGAGAUUUAUGAUUAUUUGAGACAAGGGAACCGACUCAAACAGCCUCCAGACUGUCUGGACUCCAUCUACUCCCUGAUGUUCUCCUGCUGGCUGCUGAGCCCGAAGGACCGGCCGUCCUUCGAGACGCUGCGCUGCGAGCUGGAGAAGGCGCUGGAGGACCUGCCGGACCCCCAGGACCCGGACGAGAUCCUCUACGUCAACAUGGACGAGUCGUCCUCGGAGCUGGGCGCCGUGGGCGGCCGCGACCCCGCCGAGGCCUCGCCGCUGUGCCUGAAGGGACUGGAGUCGGUGACCACCGCGGAGGUCCACCAGCCCAUCCGAUACGUCGUCUGUCCGCGCCGCGAGGCCGCCCGGGCCCUCUCCGACUCGCUGGAGAGCCUGGACAUGCCGGUGUCGUCGUCCACGGCGACGCUGCCGCUGCAGCCUUCCUGCCACGCCACGCCAGACCGCACGCCGGCCCCCACCCCGACGUUGGAGCUGCUGGAGGACAUGGAGGCGACCAGGAGGAUGCCCUGGCAGUAACCGAGCCAGAACACAAACUCACCACAGCAUGCUCAUGGCACGAAGGUUUCCUCAAACCGAUGCGCGGAUUCCCAAGGGACUCUGAAGACGCUUCGUCUUCUUCAUCCUGCAAACUGCAGGAGGCGCUCUUGGCUUUAUGCUGUAGAUCUAAUAUUUGUAGCACAAUCUGGAUCUACAGAUAUGCGCAAAACUUUUUUGAUCCUCUUCUAGUGUAAGAAAGAAAACUGAAUUUUGCUGCCACAGCAUUUCCUUUAAAGGUUUCAGCAGAAAAACCAGCUUUCAUCGUUACAUCGCAACGUUAUUCCCUCAUCUGCAGACCUGGAGUGUUGCUUUGAUUCCUUCCUGCAUGGUUGGCAAAUCCUCUCCAUGGCAACCACUCAGCUGAGCAAAACGCCUGGAUGGACCUAGCCCCGCCUUCGAGGCGCAGCUCCUCCCC